UAGCUCGUUACCACAGACCAACUUCAGUUCGCGUACCGCUAUACUGACGGCUGGUUGUGUGUCCACUCGCGUAAUACAUAAAUACGACCUCUUAAUAACUUUGUGAUCGUUACAUCAACUUUUAUACGUGUUAUCGGAGAGAUUUCUCAGCUCCUCAAGAUGGAGGGUUUCAAGGCCCUCAUUCUCCUGCAGCUGGUGUACCUGUGUGGGUGCAUGGACCAGCUCCACAUCGUCUACGAGUGGAAGGAGAUCGACUACGAGUUCCCCUCACCCGAGGCCAGGCAGCAGGCGAUAGAUACUAAGAGCUUCAUACCAGCGAACAACAUCCCGAUGGGGCUGGAGAUAUAUGAAGACAAGCUGUUUGUGACCGUACCGAGAUGGAAGUCUGGUGUUCCUGCCAGUUUGAACUACAUUAAUUUGAAAGACAACUCCACAACAUCCCCGAAGCUGAUCCCGUACCCGAGUUGGGCAGCGCACUCUACCGAUAUGGACGGCAAGCCACCAGAGAUCAUCUCACCCUUCCGCGUCAGAGCUGACCGCUGCGGACGACUCUGGGUCCUCGAUAACGGAAAGAUCGGCAAUCUGGAGAACAAUGUUACGAAAUACCCACCUUCCAUCAUCGUGUACGACCUAAAGACAGAUAACCUUCUCAGAAAAUACGUGUUCCCCGAUGAUCAGGUAAAAGAGGAAUCAGGAUUCGCCAACAUUGCUGUUGAAGACAACGAUUGUGAGAACACGUUUGCUUACGCCGGGGAUCUAGGCAAACCUGCCGUUGUGGUCUACUCUUGGGAAAAGAAUGAGUCCUGGAGGAUCACCCACCACUACUUCCACCCCGACCCACUAGCUUGCGAUUUCAGCGUCAAGGGUUAUAACUUCAGUUGGACGGAUGCUAUUUUUGGACUUGCUCUUUCUGGUCCCAACCCUGACAAUUUCAGCACUCUCUACUUCCACCCAAUGGCUAGUUACGACGAAUUCUCGGUGUCCACUGAAUACUUAAGGAACCAAACUCUCGCAGAAAAUAACUUCAACGCUUUCAAACUGCUCGGCACCCGGGGCCCUAAUGCCCAGUCUAGUGCUUCAUUUGUUGACCAGAAAACCGGCGUGUUAUUCUACUCUUUAGUAAACUUGAAUGCUGUUGCUUGCUGGAAAACGUCAAACAAGGAGUACUUGAUGAAGAAUCAGGGUCGGAUCUACAUGAGCGACGAGACGAUGGUCUAUCCAACUGACAUUAAGGUAGAUUACAACGACAACUUAUGGAUUCUAUCUAACAGGAUGCCGAUAUGGAUGUAUGGCACCUUAGACCCCACUGAAGUGAACUUCAGAAUCUUUUCAGCUCCUGUAGUCGAUGCUAUCAGCCACACUGCCUGUGACAUCACACAUAGAUCAGAUAUCCUGGAUAAAUUUGUUAACAAAAUUAUGAACUCCACAAACACGAUCUUAGCUAAGAUUGGCCCAAAUUCUGGAUCCGCUAUGCUCAGUCCGCUGUCGACAUUAAGCGUGUUACUAUUCAGUUGGAUAAUCGCUUUUACUGUUUAUUAAGUAGUUUUAGCGUUGAUAAAUGCGAGUGUACCUCUCCGACAUUGUUACUAUGAAUAAGUCUUGUAUUGGACGUCAUCGAGGACUUUAAAGGCCCAUUUAGACUUAAGCGGUAUCGCUGCCGUGGGUAUCUAGUUUAAAAUGGAUUUCGCUAUCCUCGUAGAUUUUGGAACUUGGUUUUGAUGCCAAUUAUAAGCAAAAGUGGCCGCAAAUAUUGCUGUUCGAAUGGGCCCCUACACAAAGAGGUUACAUUAAAAUGUUUGAUAGUUUAUAAGGACUUAAUAUAAGGUUGUGAUGUGAAAUAUGAACUGGCGUUCAGAUGCAUGAGCACUUGUGGUGUGAAGUAAAUGGUCGAGGACUGACACGUCCAGUUUGUAUGCUAGUCGGAAGCGUUAGUAUUAUAGCCUAUAUUGUUUUAAGUACCUACUUUUAUUAUAAAAAAUAAUAAUAUCUACAUGUUAACGACAAAAAAGUUUUAUGAAUUUUGAUGAUUUGUGCAAAAAGGUUUUAUAACACUAUAAGUUAGUUGACAUUUGAUUGUUUUUUACAUUCCAAUAGCUCUUAAAAGGGCCUUUAGACAAUUUUAAAAUGUUUCGUAAAAGUUUUUAGGUUAAUGCUAUUAAUUAGGCCAUAUUCCAUUUGUGCAAAAUUAAAAAAAUAGGAGAGUUUAGAAUAGUUACUCUAUCCAUGUUAAUUUUUAAGUUAGAAUGUUGUUUAAGUUUUGUUUUCGAUUCAUGAGUGUUAUAAAAAGGAAAAGUUAUCACCAUAUAUUUGUAUCCAUGUCGAUUCUUAUUAGAUCCACUGUUUCUGUUAACUGUAUCAAUCAUAAUUUUCAGUAACGUAUAUCAUUACACAGCUUUAUUUAUUGUGAUCACUGCAUAAAUGUUAUUCGUACUUAGUUUGUGCCUUAACGUGAUAUCUCAUAAGCUAAUAUAAUGUAGUAUGUGCACGAAACGUGUAUUUUGUAAAUAUUAACUUUAAAUAAAAAAUGCUAAAAGCUAAA